GGGAAGCAGACAGGGAGCGAGUGAGCGAGAGAAAGAGAGAGGGAGACAUAGUAGAGGGAAAAAAGGGGGAUGUGGUGUGCACUUUGUCUCUGGGAGGCGUGUUGUGUGAGUGUGAUUUGGUCAAGAGAAAGAAAAGUGACUUGUGGAGAAAAAAUACUGAAAGGAGCAGCUUCUUUUAAGGAUUUUUUUUCCUGGAGAUAAUCAAAGGAGCUGUUAUUGAUUUCACAUUCCUACAGAGCAUGUAGGACAUGGAAAUAAAGGGCAGAUAUCACUGACCUUUGGUGAGACGGUGAGAGCACUUCUGAGGAUGAUUCAACGGUCUUAGAGAGAUUUUUUUUUAAGUAAUAUCCUGUUUUCACUGCUGGACUUUGUCUGCGAACUACAAAAACUAUCAGAGAAAAUUGCUCUCCAAAGAAAACUUUAAUUAGCGUAAUGUUUCUGAAAGCUUAUAGGCAGCUGGACGUACCCUGGAUUAGCCUGAAAGGUUUCUAAAGUUGACUCUCGCAGAAUUAUCACAGGAUAUUCCUCUCAGUCUUUGAUUUCCUCUGCUUUUUAUUGCAGAUUGUGUGUUUAACUUGCGACCAAAGUAUUGAGAUGUCUUGCUGAAUAUACGACCAAUCAUUAUUGAUCAGUUUACCUGGCAAUCAACGGCUGUCCUGAUUCGAAACACAUUAGAAGGAAGAAAAAGUGAUGGCACAGAAAGAAGGAGGAACAGAGCAGGGCUGUGUAAAGACCGGGGAAAAUCUCGGGGCCAAAUCCACCAUGGCGGGAGCCCCUACGGCCGGCGGAGGCGUGGUGGUGGAGGUGAGGGAGAAGAAAGGACCCCUGCGAGCUGCGAUACCCACAAUGCCUUUCCCUGUGGCGGUUAUCUGUCUGUUUCUGAACACCUUCAUACCUGGACUCGGUAAGUCAGAAAUCACACUCUCUCGUGUGCAAAAGUUUUGCAUCCAAGUCGUUUUAUUUUGGAAGAAGAUGAACCGCGAAUAAAGUGAGGCGCAGAAGAGAGCAAACGUGAGGUGGAGUUCACAUGCAGAGUUUAAAUAUAGAGAAACUAGAGACAGAGCUGUAGUGAAAUAAGAUGCACUGGGAGUUUACAGCCGGGGGUGCAGGGGAGCAUACCAGCAAAUAUGAUAAAUAAACACAGAGGCAGGAUUAAAGUAGCUGAGUAUAAAGUUAACAAGCUGUGGAAAAUAAACACUGUCCACUCUUUUUAUUGCAAGACCACAAGUAGGAGUAAAAGUACAACUCUUCCUUAGUCUGUGCCUGAGCGUGCAAUUUCCUGUGUGCAUUUAUACGUGUGAGAAAAAGAGUUAGAGAGUGAGACACUCCGUUCACACCCUGUGCUAUAAUAAGGAGCGUCAUGGAGUAGAAGCACACAGAAUCAGUCUGUCAUGAGCUGAUGCACGCUCUAAAUGUGGUGAGUAGAUGUAACUCUGCAGGUACAGCCAUCAUCACCUGGGGUAUGAAAUUACCACCAGUGUUAUCAUUAGCAGCCUUUAUAGCGCUGCUGUGACGGGGGGACAUGUUAUCACAGCAGGUGCUGACAUCUUCACUGAGGGCGGAUCCAAAUUUAGGUCACUAUCAUUGGUCAAAACCUUUAUGAAAUAGGUCAACGUAAAGGUAUUAUAAGAUAAGAUAUUAAAGAGACAUCAUAACAAGCUGCUAACCUCAGAUUUGGGCCACGAUUUUUUCACUGCAAACAAGAUUUACCUGAGGGUACAAAUAAAAUAAUCUUUUAAGUAAGUAACCUUCUGUCAAUAAAAUAAGCAGAGAUGUUCAAGUACACUCAGCUCAUGAUUUGAAAGGACGUAAGUAACAAACUCUUAUUUGAGAUGCUUUUAUUUUGAAAGGACCAAAGGAUUCUUCUUCUAAGUAAGUUAAACGAAUGCACUGUCAUGACGACCUCAGAGGGUAAAUAAUAAUCGAACUUAUGAUAUCCUGGUGGGGCUAACCAGGUAUCUUAUAUGUGUGAGAAAUAAGACAUAAGAAUGACCAAUGGCACCCUCUGCUGUUUACAGACAGUAUUGCAAUUCUCUAUUCAUCUCACUGAUUUGACCUGCAGGUUUGUAUUGAUUAUGAACUGUUUCGCAGAGGUAUGAUAAGCUCAUUCACCUUGUGUAAAAGGAGCUACACACUACCGAGCAAAACCCACAGGGUCUGAAACGGCUCCGCUCUGCUUAGGCACGGCCAGCGGAUCAAAUCCACAAGCAUUAUAAUCAAUUCUUCAAUCAAUCAAUGAUUCCACAGAAUCCUUCCACUGUCUGGCUCCACUGCGGAUUGGCUCUGGAGGUCGGAUCAGACACGCAAGGCUUCUAUUUUUGCCGGACGCCGGAGCACAUCGCAUCAAUUUAGUGCAGCGCAGCAUAAGCAGCAGCGGAAGUUUUAUGCGGUAACAGAGUAAAAUAUUCGGUUAAUUUUUUAAAAUAAAAUUAAGUCAAUACAUUUAACUGUUCUGAACUUGAUAAUAGGAGAGGCCAGGGUUGUGGGAUGUGGGUGUUUAUAUACACCGCCAUUUAUCGAUCGGUGGAUCUUAUUCUAUGAUUCCCGGGGAAACACACAAGAUCUUGUGAGAUCUCGUCCAGUCUCACGGGAAAUAUCGUAACCUCGCUAUCGCUUCUCCUCCGAUGGCAGAUAGGAUCCGGUGGGCGCUGUAUGCUUGCACAUCUGAUCUGCCUGGCAGGCAGUUUAUUUUUACGCCUUUAUUUUAAUUUUAAGUAUAUUUUUAUGCCUUUUUGAUUACUAUUCAGCAUCCUGGCAACACAUUUAUCCUGUGUUCGAGUUACCUCGGAAGUCAGAUGUCCGAGCUGGGAAUGACGUCACACCCCAGUUAACAGCAUUUCAGUAACCAAGUCAGAAGAAAGCAAAAUCGGAGGCGGAAACAAGAUGGCUACAUCUACAAAAGUUAUUUUAGCGCUUGCCUUGUCCAAAUAUAAGCAAGCACAAGGUAAGCGCUAAAAUAAAUUUAGUAGAUGUAGCCAUCUUGUUUCAGCCUCCGAUUUUGCUUUUUUCCGACUUAUGCUGGUAACUCGGCGGGUGCCGUCAUUUCCAACUCGGACGUCUGACUUAUGAGGUAACUCAAACGCAGCAUUAUGCUUUUUAACUGACGACAAGUGGACCAUAAACAGUAUGCUAAAGCUAGUUUCAGUCCAUUUGAUCCAUAAACAUGUAUGGAUUUGAUCCUCCAACUGCAUUAUCCAGGUAUGUUAGUCAGACCAUGAGAAGGUUGAUUUCAGUUGGACUAACAUGUCUUUUUAUUCAUAUGGAUUUUGGCGCCCCCUCUGGUCAAGGUCUCACUUCUUACAUCUUAACUGCACAUGUCCUUCAUCUGCAAAUGUAGUGCUUCCUAAUAAUAAUAAUAAAAAAAAAUCUCCUCCCGCUGUCUUUCAACUGUGAAAUUUAUUACCUCUGUGGAUAUCAGCCUUGGGAAAAUAAUAGGCUUUUUUUCUCAGCAGGCUGUCAAUCCCCUGGUCUGACACCCUCCCCCUCGCAGUGUGAACAGGCAUUGAAAAUUACAAUAUAGAAAUCGUCAGUCUUGUUGCUGAUAGUCUUGUUUGAUUUGAUAGGUCAUAAAAGGCAUCACUAUUAAUAUCAGUCUGUUUCAUAGCAAGAGAAAAACUCCUCGCAGUGGUUUUAUGAGACAAUAACAUCACCGCUGCCAUCUCUAUAUCCUUCUCUUCAGUCUCAUAUAAAUUCCAGCUCAUUAUACUUCUCUUCUCUACAUCUCUGCCUUUUUUUCCCCUCUUUUCCAAUACCUAGAUUUUAACCCUACACUUGAGUUUAUGUAACAGCAUCUGGUAAGCUGAAGACACACAGUAAAGUACGCAGCGUGAGCCUUAUCUAUACUGUAUGUUGAUCCUCACUUUGAACAUGACAAAGCCUGUGGAGCCAGACGGGCUCACUGUAUACACUGAACCAUAAAUCCUCUGUCAUUAGGUAUUUCAUAUCUCUUACAGCGGAGAGUCAGGGUUACAUACACACUAAUGAAUCUCCAUGGAUGCAGAAAUUCACGCGCAGGCUUUCUGUCAUCCGAAGUAGUUCAGCUGAAGCACUUAAUUUUGGCAGGGAUGACAAAUUUACUCAAGGAGUAGCUAAAAAAGAUCUAGCUCAGAGACAUAAAUCAAAGAAGACAAAGAAAAGGGAAUAAAUUGAGCAGUAAUGCACAAUCAGGUGUCUUUUCUCUCACCUGUUAUUCCCUUUCCUCUCACUUUCUGACACAUUCAACAGUGUCUCUGCUUCAGCCUUUCUAGUAAAUGUCAAAUAAACGUGUGCUUGAAAAAGACGCUGCAUGAGGAAACAAGGUCAGCUACCACUGUGACCCAAAUAAUUCACUUCCCUUCCACUUUUGGCUUGAAAAUGUCCCUCCCAGGUUGCCUUAAAAAUUUGUCUUUGGCAUGAUUAAAAGCAUUAAGGCAACACCCCACGGAGAGAUGCGUGUGUGUGUGUGUUUGCAGUGUGUGAGCGUGUGUGAGUUCAGUUUGCCCUGAAUGCCUUGACAUUUUAUUGAAUAGCUGCAGCUAGUUGCCAUGACAACACCGAGCGAGGCAAACACAAUGCACAUGUGUGUAUGCACUCGUGUGUGCGAGUGCGCUUGUCCGUGUGAGAGUGUGUAUCAAUGCCAUUUGAGUCUAAUUGAGCGAGGCUGAAAACAGCGGCUUGUUCUAUUCAUCCCUCGGACAAAACAAAUGUGUAAUUGAAUUUGGACAAGAGUCAGAGCAGAGCACCAUCUCCUGCAGAGCCACAGGUGGAGUAAUACACACAGACGCACAGGCACAUACAUUUUAUAUACACAUUUUUGAUUACUUGUGGCAAAAACCUUUAAGCCAACGGAGACCUGUUUGUGAGAUAGUAUUAUCUCAGUUUACUACUUUUGUGCUCUUAUUAUGCAUUUUUUUAAUGCAAACUGUUAAAGCACUCUGUAAAUCCCUGUUUUUAUGAAUGCUAUACAAAUCAAAUUAUCAUCAUUAUUAUAAAUUGGUUGGUGCAACAACAUGGAUGUCCAAUAAUAGAUUAUGUCUUGCAAUCCAGGCAAUGGCAGCAGAAACAGAGCCCAACUUCCAGUUACCAAUCCCUACAAUAAAAGAAACUUCAACCAUGCGCAAUAGUGAUAAUACCAUCAGUGAUGCCUCACUUUUUUUAAAGGUGUGUCCCAUAGACUAUAUAUGCUAUAGACAACUCGCUCCGCCUUUUGCAAGUAUACAGAUUUGAAGCCAAAAAGCUCUCGGUAAUUCUGCGUUUUUUCCUCCAUUUCCUGAAACCAACAUUUCAGAGUAGCGUCGUACGCACUCCACCACUUGUGCAGUAGCAUUGUACGCAUUCGGCGAGAGAGACGCUCAGGAGAGCUACGCAAUCCUUUUACACCCAUAGGCUGUAUCAGGUGUCAAUCAUAGAAAACAUGAACCCCCCCUAACAACUUUUAAGAACGGAGCUGUACAGAAAAAAGAGGACAUGAGCACAAACCAGUCUGACAGUAACUACAUGUCAACAUCACAAGCAGGGGGGAAAAAAUGUAUAUUCUGUGUAAUUAAUUUCUAAAGUUUGUCCAUAACUCUAUAAGCUUUGCUGGCGGAGGCGGGAUCAAUGACCUAUACUGCAGCCCGUCACCAGAGGGUGCUGUUCUCGGGGUGGCAUCACCCAGCAAGGAGGCAGACUGCCACCAUUCUAUAUACAUUCUAUGGUGUGUCCACUGCAAAGCUGUAAGUAGGGAAAGAGCCAAAGAAAGUCAAAAGUGAACAUGUUUAUUCUUGCAGAAGUCACCUCUGUCUAGCUAUCAAUGGAGAGAUGUGACUUAAUUGUGAAUUGAAAUUUUCAUUUGAAUAUGAAAUAAAAUUAAAUAAAUAAACAGGAAGAAUAAAAACACCUUGUAUCUGCCUCUUAGUUUCAGCAAAAGGAAAGAAAAUAUUCAUAGAAGCACCUUUUAAACCUGACGACAACCACCUGUCUUGUUUAUUCCAUACACAGAAGUGUAAGAGAGGGCGAGAAGUGUUUGUGGAAGUCAAGUGCACUAGUCUUUUUUCAUGGAGUACAGAGAUGGAUGAAGAGAUAGCAGGUAGAAAGUACUUUCUUUAAGAGAGUAGUUGCCUUUGAACCAGUCUUUCUUCGACAUAGCUUCACCAUCUAUUUUAGUGGCAAAAUAAGUCCUUCAAAUUAAACAGCAAGAAAAACUACAAAAAAAAAAAAAAAAAAAACGAGUCCAUAAAUUGAAAAAUGUCCCUUUAAGGAGCUGUUCCUUCCCUCAAAAUGUAAGUCAACAAAAAGUAAAUUAAGAGUCUGUACUACACCCAGAGCUCUGUGGAGUGUUGGUGGAUUCAAUCUGACAAGCUCCCUCUCCUGAGUCCACUUCACAUUAAUCUUCUCUGACGUUUCGCCAACAGAACCUUAGACUGUCUCCACAAUGUAAUGAAGGCGGGGUGAAAAAUCUAUUGGUGAGUCCUUCUGAAGAUGUUAGCCUGUAUAAAUGUUAUGGUAUCUGUCAGGUGUGACUGAUUACUUUGUGUGGGAAAACAAAUACCGCUGCUGGAGCUGUGUUAUGAUCUUUGCCUUAAGAGGGUCAGAGAGGUUGAGGCAGUGACACUGAGAGUUAAAGUGAAUAUAUGAUUCAGCCCACAGUGUUGGAGCGUGGGUGGCGGCAGUCACGUGUGAUUUUGAAGACACUGGAUCCGUUUUAUGUUGACAUGCUUUCAAGUGUGUGUCAGCGAGAGGACUUCUAUUUUCAAGGCCGAAAAAGACUCAUCUUUGUGGGGAAAAGAAUUCGACCAUAACAUAAAGCUUCUUUUCAUUUAAGUCGCAUUAAAACGACCUGCUUUCUGUACUUCGACUCCCAUCAACACUAUAUCUGCUGCACAUAUUGUGACAGUCUGUUCGAGGCUUAUAAAAGCCUCUUUAUUGCAGACACAUAAUUUAAUUUCUGCUGCUGCUCAGAGGUGUUACCACAAUGAGCAGUCAUACACAGAUAUACACUCGGGUAUGAUGCCAGAAGGGUUUAACACCCCUCAUGACCUCUUCUGUCUCAUCUCCAGCUGUCUUUAUGCCGUUUUUCAGCUAAUGACAAGUUUCAAUUCUAUAUGGCCGAGCUGUUUUUCCACCUAAUGAUGUUUUUUCCUCUUAAAUAAAGUGCACUAUGAUAUGAUUGACGUUGAUAUUUGGCAGCCUUGGAUUUUUAUACGUUGUCAGUCACUGGGUUAUGAUGGGCAGGUUUAAAAAAAAAAAGGAUUAAAAGAUAAUGAUAGGCAUGGCAGUUCUUUUAGAUGUACUGAAUCAAGAGAAUCAGUUCACCAAAAUGAGCCUGCGACUCCGACCUCCUGAACUGAUACACAGCUGAACGUUUCAGGAUUCAGUUCAAUUCAUAGUUUCUGGGACCGGGAGACGAGAGUGUUUGGCUGUGUUGCUUAAACAGGUUUGUAAAAAUGAACUUGUUUAUUAGUCAUUAUGUCUUAAGUGUACUGUCCUAUGGUAUGCUAUUGGGUAAAUUGGGCCCAGUGAGUGAUUCAUUCACUGAACGUUUAGAAGAAUUCACACUGAACAUGCACAGCUGCAAUGUUAGGAUGCUGCAGGUUUCAUGCGCUACCUUGUUACAUGCUGUGUCCUAUUGUAUGCAAGUUGUUGUGGUGGCAAUUUAGUGUUAAAAAAUAAAAGGUAGUUUUGUUAGACAAAAACGAUUCUGGAGAGUAUAGUUCAAUGCCAAGUGAUUCAGGCGUUGGUGCAUGCGGUCCCUCGUUCACGGCUGCUCACCUAACAAUGCUGCGUGCUAUAGACAGGUUUCUUGUGUACAAACAACACUAGGUGCGCGCGCAACCAUGGGGCAAAAGCCGGCUUCGGAGUGAACUGAUAUCAAUGAAGAUGCCGUAUUGUUUGCAAGUUCUCCCUGACACAGUUGCAAUAAAAUGUCAUUUCAUUGAAAAAUCGCUUUGUCUUUCAUUGCAUCAAAAUCAGAAAAACACUUGCCGAAACAUCCAUGAAUUUCACUCAAUUUACCAAGUUGUGACGUUGUUUUAGAUGUUUCUAAUAUCAGGAGCAGGGUUGUAAUGUUUGCCGAUUGUUUGUUUUGCCGAUUCGUGCAGUUUACAGCACAACAGCUCCUUGUCAUUUUCUUUCUCCAUUGACUCCGCUAGUAAACAAAUAAGAAAUGUCCUGCUUUCUGCCCCAAGGCUGCGCGCAUACCUGCGAUGACGUUGCACAGAAACUCGUCUAUAGCGUUUCUGACAGCUCAACUGAAGUGAGAGAUGAACGAAUCACUUGAGGAAGUGAUUCAGUUCAGUACGUUCACUUAAAAGAUUCGGUUCUUUUGAAUGAAUCGUUCAUGAAUGAUGCAACACUAUUAAAAAAAGCUGAACAGAUGGUCAAAUUCAGAAGAGAUGCAUUUAGUGCUCUAGUGGGAAUCAUCAUGUCCCAUUGGAGUCACAGAUACACGUCUUUUCUCGAAAUCCCUGAGCUCCAUCAUGCUGUAGGUUCCUCUGGAUCGCUGCUGCAGAUGUUUUGCUGCUUCAUCUACAUGCAUCAGUUUAACAUCUAUCCAUCUCUCUCUCUCCCCUCUCUAAACCAAAAGCACUAGCAGCAGCUUGACAACGACAGUUUAAAAUGAUGUAUCUUUGUGAAUCGGUGAAUUUUAGUUCCUCACAAUCAUCCUGUGACUUUUCCAACACUUCCUGACUCCAACACCGUCUCCUCUUUAACUUCUCGUUCUCUGUCCUUCCCCAUUUUCUCUCCCUCUUAUGUCUCUUUCUUUGUUUCUCUCUGUCUUUCACACUCUAACACGCCGUCAUUAACCUCCCACACGACCAGUGGGUGCUUUGUAGAGUUCUCCGUGUAAUUAUAGUCAUUUGUCUGGGUAAUAUCCAGGCGCACACACUUUAUUUCCCACAUUCGAUACGUACAGGGUAUCCAAGAGCUUUUCACACACGGGGGACUGUUAAAGAAGAUUCCUGAUCCAAGAGGAUUCAGGAUUUAUUCAAGCUUUUUAAUUGCAGUGGUGGAUUGCUCUCUUUCAUUUAAUAUCCAACCGCGCACAAUAAGUUCGCUCUUUGUACAGAUGAGUCCUGGGUAGAUUGAAAGGCUCUGAAGGAGGUCAGCGGCCACAAAGCUCCAACCAUUGAAUAUUCUAUGAAGAGGAGUCUUAAGAUUAACGUGAUCGCAAGAUUUCCCUCAUUUAUUUAUAGAUAUUCCACUUAACAGCCAACCUUGACAUUGUCAGGUACAUGAAAAGGCACAGAGGAGCAUGACGAGACACCUCAGGAGAGCCUUUCUUGGUCUGUUGGCAGGUUUUGAAUAAAAGUGUCAUCCUGAAGUAUGUCAACAGUUUCUUAGAGAUGGAAGCCACAAAUUUUGACAAAUGUAUGGAAAAGACAUCCGACUACAGUUCUCAGCAGAGCUUUAGCAUUUAGCUCGCAUCUGUUUUUUUGUCUGCCGCUCUCAUAGAUGUUGACGAUAAAAGCAGGCGGCUUUUUUUAGCCCCAAAAGUUAGAAACAAAACAAGAGGCUAACUGUGUAAGAACAAAGAACAAAUAGGGUUUUCCACAUUAGAGGAGGAGGAAGUCAUGCUGGGCCACGUCAGCAGUCAUGGUGUGAACCACGGAGAGAACUGAAAACUGGGCAAUAGUGGUGGGCAAAACCGGUCAUUUCAGUGAACCGGAUCAUUUCGGGUCGUUCAGUAAAAAGACCCGUUCAUUUCGUUCUUUUCGGUCAUUAGUCAGAAAUUAGGCAAAGUUAUAAAGAUGUUUGGUGGCUAGUACUAUGGCUAGGACCCUAUAUGUACUGUUGAUAAAGUUAGGUGCUGUUCUGAGCAUUAUUUGUGACUAUAGAGUGGCGUUUCGGUUGAGGUUUGUUUAUGGCUCCUCAGACCGCUGUGUAUUACUAUCGUGUGAUCGUUACUAAAGUUGGUAUAACUAGAGAAGCAAACGGUCGGUGGCAUUCAUCUCUCAAGGGGGUGUCUAACUCGGUGUUAUGGUGUGUUUGUCCAGAAAUUAUUUUUAUGCCGGAAUAUCCCUUUAAGCAGCACAAUGAAGACCAAAGAUGGCAGUCUUGCUGACUUGACCUACAUGUGUCAAUAAGCCAUGCCCUAAUUAUAGAAUCUAUAAAUCGGUAUAUGCACAGUUAAGUCUGAAACACUCAGGUACAUGAAUUCUUAUCAUGUGUUUGUGUACACUUCUUUUAAACACAAUAGCUUCCAGAUAAAUGUUGAGUCUAAAACCCAGAGUGUCCACACUGUAUGAAUCUCGUCUCAACAGCAGAAGAUAAAGGUGAUGUCUUACCACUCAGCCACCAGCUCGCUGUCAAUCAUAGCGCAUGUGUGGAGGUGGGUAGCUCCACCAGCAGCCAGAGCAUCUGCUGGUGGGCGUGGCCUCCGCGACCUGAACAUUUCUGAUCAGACCAUAUCGGCUCUGGGUGGAAUCUCAUUUUAGCCCACUGUUGCUCUUUCUGUCAGUCACUUUAAAAUGAGCAGCACACUAAAGCUUUAAAAGGAAAAGCAAAUCCCUAUUUCAUGUCUUAUCUGCCACAGAAACCUCCUUUUUUUCCCCCUUGACUUUUCCAGCACUGCUUACUAUUCUUGGAUCAUGUUUGUACCACAGUUUGACUUUUUGGAAUUCACUCCAGAUAAGGCCAUGCAGGCCAUGUGAAAGUAAACAUUUAUAAUCUACACUCAGAUUUACCAUAGUUUAUGGGACGUUUAGAGUCAAUAUCUAAGAGGUACAUGCUUCUAUAGAGAGGUUUUAUGACAUGGUUCUCAUUAGUCUGGUAGAUUUAUGUUAAACCAGAAAAAAAUGAACGGAAAGAGAAGAAAGUGUUAAGAAACUAACUUCAUUAGAAGUUGAUUCUUUGUCUUUUGUAGCCCCAGAAAAUAAGUUACAGUAGUUCGGUCCCUCUCUGCUUGUCUUACUCUGUUUUCUGAAAUCUUUUGAUAUCAAAAGAAUUGGAGCGAGCAGAAAGAAAAGGACCAAGGUCACGAUGCACACAAGACCUAGCAGGCAUGUCUCGUGUCACAGCCGGUAUUCACUGUGUGGAGCUCAGUGUUUGUAAAAGGACACAAAAACCCUGAAGAGAGUGACUAAGAAUCAGCUGAUUCCAUCAAGAAUUUAUGCGCAGAGAGGAAAACACUUUAUUGAUGUCUCGACUCGUGUGCUAACCUUUAGAUGGAGAUGAUAUUGUCAAAGAACAUCCCUACUCAGAGACUUUCUGAAUGAAUACAUUAAAGGGAUUGGAAAUAGGUCACUACUCCCAUUAGCUGGUACUGCUAAAAUCAGACUUGGUAACACUUUACAAUAACCAUAAUUUAUAAAUGGUAAAUAGAUAAUUAAUGUAAGCUCAUAGUUACUUUACCAUUAACAAGCAAUGAAAUUAUGAUUAAUAAUUUUCAAUAACUAUUAAUGGACUAUUUAUUAAAGGUUUAUAUAGGGUUUAAAUAUUGGUUGUAAAACAUCUAGAUUAAACUGUGUGUUUGUAGCACUUUGGAAAUGGCUAAUAUUUGGUUUUUAAACCAUCUAUAAAAAAAAUGGCACUAACCCCCAUGUAGUCACCUAUAUAGGGGUUAGGGAUCCAUUUCGGACACAGCCAAAACCUAUACACCAGCCACAUCACGACUUUUCCUAAAUGUGUGUAUAUUUUAUCAUUAAGAUUUCAAAACACAAAAGAGAUCUGAGUAUUACUACCUCAAACUACCAGAGCACUCAAAUUGACUUCAUGCUUUUUACAAAGGGUGUUAUCUGCUACAUUUUCCCGCUCUUUCUCCUGCUCUAUUGUUUGUUUUGUACUCUAAGCUCUCUGAAGCUAAAAUCUUGCUAUAACUUUACUCAAAACUCAAGAGACUCAAAUGACAACUAGAGGAAAAAUGUCAAGUAUGGAGGCUUUAGCCUUGCUUCAGAGCCUUGAUGAGGAAGAAUCCAAUGGAUGAGUUCAGGGGAAGGAUGUGUUUUGGUAUUUUGAGGAAGGUUCUUAAAAAUCUCAUACACCAUGAUUUUCAUUUUGUGCACUGAUGUGUUUUUUUACAUAUUGCACCAAUUUAUUAUCAGUUUUUACUGUUGAUUAUCCAAAUUAUGUGCAAAAAAUGACUGCUUAUAGUCAUUCUAGUAGUUGCAGAAUUUUGGUAGACCAUGUGUUAAAUCAUCAUUUUCUUUAGCAUGAUGCUGGAUUAUGUUACAAAUUUAGAUUUAAGUGGGAAAAUCUGCCUGAAGAGAAUCAAUGACAUGAGGUAGAGCUAUAAUACAGACACAAAAAAAAUAUCAUGUCAUAUAUAUAUCAUGAUCCUGAGGGGAUGUUGUCAUGGAAACAUCCAGAAAUAAAAUAAUCUAAUGUGUCUGCUUGUGUGAGAGACGUAUGCAAAGCACAAACACAGGAGGAACCCACGCACACACAUACACACACACACUCACGGUGCAUUUAUUGUACAGUAACAGGCCCUGGUAAGGUCAAGAUCUUUAGAUAACAGGAGAGAGAGUGAUAUUGGAUUUCAUUCAGGCAGACAAGGGUUGUUCUCAGAGGUAAUCCUGUUUUCAGCUCUGUGAAUGUUGGCUUCUCUUCCAGCUUUUUCUCUAGAGCGUACAUCUGCUGCUCCCAAAUAACUGUGACCCACUAAAAAAAGGGCCACACACAGGGGAGAGUGUAUCAUCUAUGCCGUUCUGUCUCUGUUGUUUUCAGCUUUGUACAGCUCAAUAAAGAAUGAACGUCCAUAUUUUUGUUUCGCUGGUGUUAAGCUUCGACAUAACGCUUUUGAAGAUCUCUUUGGUCGUGUUUACAGCUGAGGCAAGCACACGUCUCUUCUGCUUUAUUUUAUCGUAAAUUAUCGGCUGUCUGGUGUAUUUCAUAAGAAAUUAAACACAGAGAAAUCUCCUCUAAAGUCUUUGUGUCACGUUGGGCUAAACACACCAUGGAGAUAAAUGCAAUGUUUGAAAUUGAAAAAGCAAACCAGGAUGAAGCUAUUUAAAACAUGUUUCUUUCCGUCCACAGGUACGUUCAUCUCAGCGUUCACGGUGCUGUGUGGAGCUCGCAGUGACCUGAUCUCAGAGCGGGGGCUAUGUUGUGUGUUCUGGCUCAACGUCGCAGCGGCGCUCAUCCAGAUACUGACAGCAGUCAUCAUGGUGGGAUGGAUCAUGAGCAUCUUCUGGGGAAUGGACAUGGUCAUCCUGGCAAGUCAGUACCUGAAACCUGUUUUUUAUCCACUUUUUAAUCCACAAAACAUUCCUUAAAGUCCCACUCCGAUUGUUUUUCUUUACUACUUAAAGUGUUCUCGGUGGUCUUUAAAUAGUGAUUAUGAAGUUUUUUGCCAAUAUCGCGUUACUUAUGUUAUUUUUAAGGGCUUUUCUUCUGCAGAGCUCCAGUAGCUCAUUAGCAAUUCGCCUCUGAGUCGUGGUCGGAGACAGCGCUGCUCUGCACACUCCUCUUUACGCUAGCUUGUAGCCUAACAUUGCCGGUGAAGUAGAAGAGGCAGGUAACAUAGGAGCUAUUCAGCUCUCGCACACUAAUGUCUAUGGGGACACAAUGAAAGCUUAUAUCAUAAUUAGCUUUCUUAUGAGUAUUGCAAUCUGCUAACACACACUUAUUCCGUUAUCAUCCUCUGCAUUUCUUGUCUCCUGGGGCGGCGCUUGGAUUGGUUACGUAUGAAAUCUCACUGUUUCUGAACCUGCCAUUUGGCGAUUUGAAUGAAGAAAUACUUAGAGAAGCAAUUUCACAUUUAGUUGUCACAUGAUAUGUCUUGUAGCAUCAGAAAAAUGCCAAAUGAACGUAUAAAAAACAAGAAAAACAUGAUUUUCAUCAGAGUGGGUCGUUAAAAAGUCCAGAAAUUCCCCUGUGAGUCAUUUUAAGGUCAUGUGAGAACGUAACAACAAAUCUUCCAGAUAUUUCACUUCUAGAAGCGUCAGAGGAGUAGCUGGUGUUCUGACUAGUCCCACUACUUGAUAUGAAGCUUUUAAGAUUUUUAAAGACUCAGUGGUUUUACUCAUAGACUGUAUAUAGAAUGGACAGCGUCUGCCUCCUUGCUGGGUGAAGCCACUCCGAGAACAGCACCCUCUGUUGGCAGGCUGCAGUAUAGGUCAUAAAUCCUGCCUCCGCUAGCAGAGCUUAUGGAGCUGUGGACGAGCGUAGCUCACCCGAGGGAUACGCUGUUUGAGCAGAGCGUCAUCACAGCGUCUCUCUCGCUGAAUGCAUACAACGCUUCUGCGCAGCGCUGGUUUCAAGAAAUGAAGAAAAAUCCUGGAAAUACCAAGAGCUUUUUGGCUUCAAAUCCGUAUACAGACGAGAGGCGGAACCAAGUUGUCCAUAGCAUAUACAGUCUAUGGUUUUACUCUUGUAGGAGUCGUAAAAACAUUACAUCCUGAUGGAGACGUCACGCUGUAAGGAUGUUUAAGUGUAAAUGGCACAAUCGUGCGAGUAAACUUGAAAUUUUCCACUUCAUUGACACAACUUGAAAAGACCAACAGCAUGAAAAACAAGAAACUAUACUCAGUAUGUGGUUUUGCAGAGAUAGAAUUAGGUCAGUGUUAGCACUUUUAAACACAAGGUCACGCUUCGACUCACCACAGCCUGGGAGUUAUGGGAAAUAGGUCAGUGAAACUUCUCUUUGGUAUUUUCGUUAAAUUUAAGACACUCUCACUACAGAAACAGCAACAUCAUUUAUCUGUAACAUGCUCUUUUGUUUGGCUCAUUUUCAGUAGGUCCCACCUCAGUGGCCUGCUCGCAUAGAUAAUAAUCUCUAUGGAUCACUUUGCUAAAGAGCAGUAGUGUAUUUGUGACCCAAAUUGAAGGAUUUAAGACUGAAGUCGUGACCUAGCUUGGAGAGCCAGACAUAUUCGGGGGAACUGAAAAUGCGUUUGGUUCGUCUGACUUUCACGCAGCAGAGACAUCAGCUGAGAAAAGCGAUGUGUGAAAGAUGAAUUGAAAUGGUUUCAUCUGGGUCUGAAAAGUGGAGAAAGAGAGGGUUUCUAAAGCUGUUAUGAGUUUGACAGAAGCAGCUCUGCAUAACACCUUUUUUUUCUCAAACAGCUUCGACCUCUUUCCUGCAAAAUACAACACGCAAGCACACACACACACACACACACACACACACACACACACACACACACACACACACACACACGUACUAGAUGUGAGAAAGAGAGAGGAAGAAGCAGAGGUAGAUACAGAGAGCAGAGAUGGGUGGGGGGUAUAGUUUUACCUCCUUCCUUGUCAGAAAGUGGCGUCUUCUCUUAAGGCAGUGAAGCAUGAGCACACACACACACACACACACACACACACGUGCGCGCACACACUCACACAUUCAGUCCCUAUUCUCUCAUUGCACAGAGGCAGCCUUUGAAUUACCACAGCGCUGUCUCUUGUGUGUACACGAGUGUGACUCUGCGAGUGAGGUAAUUGCUGCCUGUGUGUGUGUGUGUGUGUGUGUGUGUGUGUGUGUGUGUGUGUGUGUGUGUGUAACCAAAUGUUAGUACACAGAUGCCUGCAAGAAUCUGUGUGUGUUCGUGUUUGUGUGUGUGUGUGUGGGAGUCAGCAGCCCCCCUGGUGUUUUUUUGUUCACUGCUCCCCACUGUUCCUCAGGCCUCUGGGCACACGUCUCAUUCAACUGUUGCUGCUAAAAUCCAUACGCCUGUUAGCGCGCACGCCGCCGCUAGCAGCGGUGCGAUGAAUAUUUAUACUGAACAUGAAGGCCAAACUCUGGGGGUAAAAGCAUGCACGCUGUUUGCUUCAAAGAUUGAUUAUUAUUCACGUAUUCAUCAGUACAAUGCAUGCAGCUUUGAAAGUGCUGCUAUUCCCUCUAUCUUUAUGCAAUGAAUCACUUUGAUAUAUUACCGUUUUCUCCUUCCCGAUCUAAUGAGCCCGAGUCGUAAUUUAUUGAGUUUCUCUCCCUGUACUUCCAUCUUUUAAAAACAUCCCUCCAUCCCUUUCUUACACCACUCCCUCUCCUCUCUUUCUCCAUCUAUCUCAUGAUGAUUGUAUCAUUCUCCUCCCACUGAUUGCCUUACUCUUGCGUCUCUUUUUCCUUCUAACGAUCGCCUCUAUUUGAUCCAUCUAUUCUCCCUCUCUUUCUCUCUCUCUUUCACAUUAUUCCUCCCACUCUCUACCCGCCUCAGUUUCUUCAUCAGCUCCCUUUUUUUUUUUACAUGUCUUUGUGUUUACUGCCUAUCGAUCCAACAAACCAGGGUUGUGUUACCGUUCGUAUAUGGGUUAAUCUGAUCCUGAAAUGCAUCUGCUUUCGUUUUUUUGUGUAGCAUGAAAUUAUCUACCCUCCAAAAAGAUUACCUCAUGUUAUUCUGGCCAAUUUCUGUCAGAUUUGAGUGAAAAAGUCAAACAAAGAAGUUGGUUUUCACCCCUAACUGAAUCUCUUUUUUUGUUUUCUCCUCCCUCCACUCUCCAUCUUCAUGAACCAAAGUUUCUGACGGUAGGUGUUUCUCUUUUACUCACUUUUUAACAUGUCAGGAGUAUUAAAAAGAAGUCUGAAUACAUAGAAACACUCUACAGGUGUGAGGAAAAAGUUUAAGAAGUGAAAUUGUUAUUAUAAAAGGUCGACAUUCGAUGACCUCGAGCCUAUUCCUAAAAUCAGAACAGUGUGUUCCUGGGUAGCUUACAUGUUACAGCUGUAAUACACAGACUUUUAUGCCUAUAAAUUUACAUCCCUAAAAUGUCCACGCCCCAAGAGAGGUCUCAGAAACCUGUUGUGAUGUUGCCCACUCCAGUCUAAAGAGGUUUUCUGAAGGUGACCAAAUUAAGAUCCUUACACACCGGCACCGUUUUUGUCGUGCGAUUAUUUCGGACGUCAAAUUUGUUUUCGAACCUGCAUCCUGUCAAUACAAGCGUUCACAUCAGCAAUGUUUUCCCGUCCUGCGAUAUUGCGGCAUUUAUUUUUUCGGAUCAUGGUCGAUUUUUCACAGUUUCACAUACUGUGUGUCCACUUCUGACCAAUCAGAUUGCGUGUUGUUGCAACGUCUGAUUCACCGGUAUAGCCAACAUGGCCGACCGGCUGAUUGUUUACGUGUCAGAGAACAGAGUGAUUUAUUUUGAUAAAAGACACAAACAUUACAAAGAUAACGACCUGAAGGACAACUUGCGAACAAAAUUCGCCUCCGAAUAUUUCGUAAUUUUGCGUUCUAUAUUCGCGUCGGCCCUGGUGUGUAAGGACCUUUAGAAAUGCAGACUUUCAGGAACCAGACAGACAGGUAGAGUUGAGAAGAACCUCCAAGCAUUCAGUUUAAUCAACUCCACCAUGUGCCUAUUUAUGCAAAUCGAUGUAUACAGCUCUUAUGUUGUGCUCCAGACAUAAAUGAAAUCACUUGCACGAGUGAAGUGAGAGCAAUUGAGUGAAUUAUAUGUAUAUAAGAUGCAAUUUGUGAGGCACUCAAAGCGCUUCUUGAAUCAUUCAUGAGAGUUGAAAUAUCUGAUCUGAAUCACUCGUGCACGGUAGCCAAUCAGCACAGAGACCCCCUGGUGACGCGUUAAUAACAGAUCAGUGAAGAUUUACUCAUUUGGAAAAUUGAGGAUGGACUAAUCUUGAUAUGUGAUACCUGAGCUUUAGGAUAAACUAGUAUUGAAUAUCCACACAGGAAUAAAAAGUAGCAGUAAGACAGAAAGUCAGAUUAUCUGGAUGAUAGUCGAAACACAACAGAUCCUCACAAUUUUGUCAACCUCAAGUGAUGCAAACAGACUGAGGGGAACUCAUAAUUUUGCAUUACUUAAUAUGUUCAUUAAUAUGUUUAACGAACGUAAAUUAAUGUGUCCACGCUCUUCUCUAGAUGUGAUAUAUGACAUUCAUGUUGAUUUAGUGAAUAAACACAAAAUAUUCAGGUCUACAAAUAUGCAGAGAAAGGGAGUUUAUAGUUUAUUCAUGUCUGGCUAGAGCAGAACAUUAGUCUCAAUUUCUUUAAAAUAAAUGUCUCAUUUCAAAAUAUCAUCCCUGGUAAGUAUUGAGGAAUAAGGAAAUUAAGUUUUUAGAUCAAAACUGUUUUUAAACAGGCGGAUUUUUAAAUUUUGCUGCGAAAUUAGACAUUUUGAUAUGGGUGUUUGGGAAUAAUGGGAAUUUCUAGGUUUUUGCGACCAGCCUCGUGUGGCCACCCAAGGAACUGCAGUUUUUUUACACAUGCAUUGGCUUCACAUUUUAACACCAGGGUUGCUGCUUUGGCACGACAUAACAUCAAAAGCACCCCCUGUAAGCGUGAUAAUGAUGAGCUAAUUAGACCUAUCAACACAACAUGGAAAUGGAUAACCGUGCAGGUAUUAGUAGAAAAAUAAAAGACAAGAAAAUUACUUUCAAUCUACGGCACAGUGAGAGGUCGUAGUCAAUUCAGGCUGCUGCAGAAAACACUGGAAGGUGACAGAAAUGUGGCAGUGAGCAUUAAAAUGUUCCAAAUCCGCCUUAUCCAGGUUAUUGAAUUUUUAAAAAAAGCAAUAAAAUAGGAACCUGUCUUUAUAUCCCAUCACUCUGUGCAGGUAAAGUACAAUAAGAGUGAACAGACAGUGCAUUGGUGCUUUAGUUUGUACAGGGAGUCAAAUAAAACCUCUUUUUCUCAGUUAAAUUAAGCCAAAAAAACUACUUAUUCAUUUGCUUUGAACUAAAUUGAAUUAAUUGAUCAGACCGAAUUGUUCCUUAUUUUAAUGAAAUGAUCCUUUAUUAGAUCGUAGCUAUCAAUGAAUGAAUCAGAUAAGAUCCUCUUGAAAAGGAGGUGCCAUGCUGGAGGAACAUGUCCAAACUCUGCUGAUGCUCGAUAACAAAUGCCUCGCUCCAUUUUUCAGCGUCAGUCUUUGCUCUCACUUCUCUAAAUGGGAAAAAAAAAUGUUUGAGGUUGGAAUAAAUGUUUAGCAUUGUGAAGAGCUCAUUAAAUUCCUCCUCAGUGAGAUUGAGGCUGUAAAAGGUACAUUAAAGACUUCACUCGCUCAUCUCCACAUCCCUCCCCUCUGUUUUCCUCCUCAGGCUACAGAGACCAGGGUCUUCCCCAGGACGUCUGAAUGAGGCCGCUCUCUUGUCUGCUGAUUGAUUUCACUGACAAUUUGACCUCCUCCAUGCCUCAUGGUGACUGGUUACUGUAGUGAUGACCUGUAGAUGUCUCAUUUAUUCAACGCCAGAGGACAGAGACAUGAAAAUAUAUAAAUAUUAACCUCAAGAAGAGAGAAAGAAAGAAGACUGAGAAAUCCUCGAAUCGCAAGCUGCUGAUUGGUUGAUGCCCAAUCAGUACAGUGUGAAGAGAUGGAAACAGUUCAAUUACAAAUACUACGAUGGAUAAUAAAAACAAGUGUUCAAUAAUCUGUUUAGUGAAAUAGAUUUGAUCUUCUUUGUGUUUUUGGUGAUUUUUUUGUCAUUUCAUUUAAACCAUUAAUUUAAGAAAAUAAGGAUAUUGAUUCGCUUUUAUCAUUUUGCAGGAUGAUGAAGAUUAAUCAGUCAAUAGUGUACAUAGAAAGGUUGAAUUGAUUGUGCAUAAUACACCGCUGGGCUCUCUUAGUCUUUGUAAUAGACACCUCCUGCAGUUGCAUAAAGACGCUCAGACCAGAUGCAAACUGUGUUCACAGGAGGUAAUUUGAAGGAGCUUAAGUGCAUCGUCAGUUAGCCGUGAUCGAACUAAAAGGGAAGCGGGUGAGACGGAGAAGACAGCGGCUUUAAUUAUGGUUCGAUGGUUUCUGCUGCAUCCUGGAAACUGUAACACAGCAUCAAAUCACUUUAAUCGAGUUCUUGAAGAUUUUCCAAUUUGGAUUUCCUGUUUUUUGUCGGAUUGUUGUGUCACUUAUAGUCAAUUCACAACUCCCACUUCAAAUCUGUGCUUUGCCAUUGAAUUUCUCUGUAGUUUCAUCCCGUAAAAAAACAAAAACAUUCACUUCUGAUCCGAACACAAAGAUGUAUCCUAAUUGGUCUCAUGUAAAGACAAGCAUCCAGUGAGCUUUAGUGGCCUUUAUAUAUAAUAUUUCAGUAUUAUCGUUAAAAAAAUAACUUGACAGCAUAUUUUCAGGAAAUUACUCUGCACCAAACACCUGCAAACAUCUCUAUUAGUGUACAGUACUCUAGCUCAUUCAUGAUCCUAAGGUAACACUCGCAGCUACUACAGGUGCUGAGUUUCUGCCUUUUUUUAAUGCGGUAACAUUUCACAGUCGUCUUGAACAGGCUGCUGGGCAAAAAAAGGCGUCGCUCAUCCCAGUUUUUGUAGAGCUGUGUUGAAAAUGACUCAUCAUGCCUCCUGAUUGUGAUUUGAUUAGAAGCUUCACACCUCUUAAAAUGUGUAAAUCAGUGUCAGAGGGAUUUUACACGUUAUUAUCUAAUCAACAGUUCCCCGUGAGGAACACCGCAGUGUCUGCCACAUCAGGACGGUGAUGUUACUUUUAAAAAACUCAAGAUUUUCAUUCAAAUAAAACGUCCAUUUUGUAUGUAUGUUCUGUAUAUAUCGAUGUGUGAGUGUUUGAAAUUUUUAAGAGUAUAUUGUGUGGCCUUAGUGUAACCGUGUCUUAUGUUGGAAGACUUGUGCAUACAAAAGUAUAAGAUAUAUUGCUGUAAUAUAUUCAACACAACUGCCUUGGAACAGUGAAUCCAAACAAAGCCUUGACUUUCCUGCGAUACUGUAUCACCGGCUCACCUCCCUGAAAGAUUUCCAGCAGGAUUAUAAAAGCCUGAGGGUUAACGCUAAUGGAAAAUGUGGACUAAAUAGAAACACCUCAAUGACUGAACAAACUGACUCGCAGCGCACAGAUUUUUACUUCUGGUGCACCCGAGGAAGAUUCUUGUUUAAAAAUGGCUGUACCUUCAAAUUUCAUGUGCAUACUGGUAAUUCAAAAUGUGCUUUAACUGUCCUCUGCAUUUCUUUUUUUUUGGUAACCCUUUCUUUAUUACCAGGUAAUUAACAGGUAAUUACCUAGUAACAACAUGAAAUGAUCUGGUAAUUACAUGAUAACUACUAAGUCAAUACGGUCUUGUUUUUCUUUUUUUCUGUGCAGCUCCAUUUUCAAAAGCUAUUUGGGGUUCUUAUUUUCUAUGAUUAACACUUGAUACAGCCUACGGGCGUGCGAAGAUUGCGUAGCGAUACGCUGUUUGAGCCGAGCAUUAUCACAGCGACUCACACGUCGAAUGCGUACAAUGCUACUGCGCAAGUGGUGGUUCCAGGAAGCAGAGAAAAUCCUGGAAAUACCAGAGCAAUUUGGCUUCAAAUUUGUAUGAUGAUGGAAGGAUACCUACCUGGUAGCUACAGUAUUGACUUAAUAGUUAUCAUGUAAUUACCAGAUAAUUUCAUGUUGUUACUAGGUAAUUACCUUAUUACCUGAAAUAACACAAUUUUCUUAUCCAGCUGCCUUUUACAAGAGUUCUGCUGUAUUUUGGAUGAAACUGUUUUCUAUGUUUUUAAUGUAUAUUUUGGUGUUUUUGUGAGAGACAGAUGUCUCUAACGGUGAUGAUGUUUUCUGCCUGACAAAAGCAGAGACUGAUUUUUUCAUGUAAGUGUUUGUGUAGCAGUGAGACUAAUGUUUUUUUUUGCUUUUUUGUGUUUGAGUGUGAUGUACAGGUCUUUAAUACUUGUUUUAUUAUAAUCCACCUGUGAGCCCUUAAAACUGACUCCGUUUUGCUUCAGGUGAAACACAUCGACAUUGUGACUUUUUUUAAGAUAGUGGUGUUGUACUAGUUUUAUGAGCGUAGGAUGAACAUACUGCCGUGUACAGUUUUCUGCAUUUGAAGCUUUGGUGUGAAGUCACUAUAUAGAGUAAUACACACGCAGAGUUACUGUUUUCAGAUCGUAGCGUCGUUCUGUGACUUUGCCACAAUAGUUUUAUUUUGAGAUGACUGAAACAAAAUUAAAAACUCUUUGUUUCCAAAUCCUCAA